GUUACUCCAGAAAAUCGACGCAGCAUGUAUGUAUAUAUGCAGUUGUAGUAUGUGCAUGAGUGAAAUAGAGUGGAUGAAGUUAAACGAGGGCGCCUGCCUUUUAGUGUUGUUGCGUCCUUGUGGUCGGCAAUGUGAGAAGAAAAAAAAACGGUGGCCUACAUUCUGAUAUAGCUUGUGGAAUCAAGGCUUACUAUCAACUCACUUCACGCCUUUUUAACCAUGCAAGUCCACAACUUCCCAAUUGUGAAAGGGACUAAAUCAAGAGAGUGUGUUGAUGGGAAAUGGAUUUGUUGUUAUUUGGUUCCAAAAGCUGCGAGUACCGGAAGAUAACUCGAGAUCGAUUGUGGUCCUUAGAUGGAAAACACGUUGUUGGCAAUGACCUAACUGAGAGUGAUCUUGACCAACCGAUACUCGACCAUACCGAGGUUCCUAUCUUAUCUCGGGCAAGGGACCUUCCCUUGAUUGACCCUCCCAGAACCCAUUUUUCAUCCUGGAUUCGUCGAAAAAAAUGCCGAUUUUUGUUUACAAUAACUUUGCUGUGGACAUGGGGAUGACCGACCGAUCUCCAUUGCCCACCAUGCCUCCCAGGAAUUCGAGUAACGAUACGGGCUACCCGGAGCUCUGUUACGAUUUCUUGGACAUUUUCAAGUUUCCGGUCUUCGAGGUUUUGGUCACAUUUCAAAUUGUCCUUCCAGUGUUUUAUUCGUUUUUCGUUCCUUGCGUUUCCGUGUUCAUCUUAGAAUGCAGCUGUCAGCACCAAUCGGAUGUGUCACUCACCAAUUUCAGGAGAAAACUUUCCACCGUUCUCAUUGGGAGUUGGGUACAUUGGUACUUGCAUUGGGAGAUGUGGACCUGGUUUUGGUGCAUUUUGGCAGGAUACUUCAGCUUUUGGUGUGCCAUGCCCCCUCGCUAUUACGAAUAUUGUGUCGGUCUCGGCACCACGUCUAUCAUGGUCUGCCUCAUUUCAAAUCUUUUGUCAGAUUACAGACUCAAUCUCCCUGAAGGAAAGGCAAAAUCGAUCUUCAACCUCGGCUGCUUCUGCUUCUCCACGUGGCUUCUACGCAUCCUCUAUCCGUGUGUUUUCAACAUUGGAGUGCACGAUGCAGAUUUCGACUUCUUUGGGGAGUUCUCCGAGGACAUCAGUCCUCCACCUACGCCUCCGCCCCCUUCGUACAACGAAGCUAUCGAGAGUCAACCCCCUCCCCCGUCCUAUGCUGAGACUUUGAGUCGAAUCCGAGCCCAAUUACCCAAACUCCAACGAUCGAUUUCACUCCAAGCCCAAAAACUCGGACGGGAUUUCUCCGUAAGGAGAAAGACUCGGACGCAGCAACAUCAAUCGAGUGCCAACGUGAGAUCUCGUCAGGGAUAUGAAGGUUGCAAAAAGCCCACGAGCCAAUCAGUCCAUGUUACCUCGGUGGUUUGACUAAACGGAGCUAAAAACCUUUACCAUAUGAAUGUGAUACUUGGAAAAAGCACUCGAAAAAUAUAAUAGAAACAAUAUGAAAACAGACAAUAACGUUCUGUCGUAGA